CUUCGGAGCUGCAGAGCCAUGCAGCGGGAGCUCCUCUUCAAAGUCUUGGUCAUCGGGGACCUGGGGGUCGGGAAGACGUCCAUCAUCAAGCGCUACGUCCAUCAGAUCUUCUCCCAUCACUACAGAGCCACCAUCGGCGUGGACUUCGCCCUGAAGGUCGUGCAGUGGGACAAGGACACCGUGAUCAGGCUGCAGAUGUGGGACAUAGCAGGACAGGAGCGUUAUGGGAACAUGACCCGGGUCUAUUACCGGGAGGCGGUGGGAGCCCUCGUAGUGUUUGACGUGACCAGGGCGUCCACAUUCGAGGCCGUGCUGAAGUGGAAGGAUGAUCUGGAUUCAAAGGUGACUCUGAACCACGGUCGCUCAGUUCCAGCUGUUCUCCUGGCCAACAAGUCGGAUCAGCUGGGAUCACAGCAGCCCAAACUCGACCACUUCUGUAAGGAGAACAGCUUUGUCGGAUGGUUUGAGACGUCAGCCAAGGAAAACACAAACAUUGAGGAGGCGGUGCGCUGCCUGGUGGAGCACAUCCUGAACAACGAGGAGAGCACAGUGAUGGAGCGAGAACCCGGCUCCAUCAGUCUGUCUGGAUACACCAGCACCACCAAGGAUCAUCUGAACUGCUCCUCCUGUGUGAAAUUAAAUUAA